CUGGCAGCCCCCCCGCUGCGAUUUGCCCCCUUGAGCCUUUUAAACCCCCCCAAAGAGGAGGCAGCAAAUCCUAAGUAGAAGUGAGGGCAGAGAGAGGGCAGCGGCGACAGCGAAGAUUACUGGGCAUGCUCAGUUCGGGUGCGCAUGCUCAGUGCAGCGGCGACAGCGAAGGUUACUGGGCAUGCUCAGUUCGGGUGCCCAUGCUCAGUGCAGCCAAAGUAGCGAAUCUGGAGCGGUUCAUGUUUCUGUCCUUACACCUGCCCUGGGGGCAGCUGCACCAGGACAGUCCUGCCUGACCCCCGCCUGGACACGUGCUGUGUAGAAAGACCCUGAGUUUGAGUUUUUGUGAUCUUGUUUGUAUCCGUCCCACCUUUUCCUUCCCUUCCCUUCCCUUCCCUUCCUGCUCCUUUACACCCCUCUCCUGGCCUGUGUAGUUCCUGCUUCCUUCUUUCCUUAUCUUUCUCCUGCUCCACCUCCCGGCCUCUCCUUUCUCUUCACCUCAUUCUGCACCGGUGCAGCUGAUAAGAGGUGGGACAGGGUCUGCCCAUGAUCAGCAAAACCAUUUCUGCUGCAGAGAGAACAGAAGCCCAGAGAUCCCAGCAGCCAUGGCCUCAGCAACUCCGGUACGGGAAAUCCAAGAGGAAACCUACUCUCCCAUCUGCCUGGAAUAUCUGACGGACCCAGUGAUCACAGAGUGCGGGCACAACUUCUGCCGAGGCUGCAUCACUCAGCGCUGUGAGACAUGGACAGAGCUGGGCUCUGACCCUUUGUGCUGCCCCAGCUGCAGAGUCCAAAUCCGGAAAGGGUCUCUCCGGAAUAACUAUGAGCUAGGAAAUAGAGUGGAAAAAAUCAAACAACUGGAUUUCAAACCAGGAAAAGAGACUCUGUGUGAGAGACACGGCAAAGCCCUGGAUCUGUUCUGUGAAGAGGACGGGGAAGCCGUGUGUGUGGUUUGUGAGAGAUCCCCCCAGCACAGAUCUCACACGGUGCUGCUCAUGGAUGAUGAUGCCGAGAAAUACAAGGAAAAAAUCCAGGCUCAUUUGAAGACUCUGAGGGAGGAGAGAGAAAAGCUGCUGGGAUCUAAAGUGACUAGAGAGGAGAAAAGCCCAAAGUAUCUGAAACAGAUAGAAAAGAAGAGGCAGCAAAUUGUAGCUGAUUUUCAGCAACUGCACCAAUUCCUGGAGGAACAAGAGCAGCUCCUGCUGGCCCAGCUGGAAAAGCUGGAGGAGGAGAUAACGAAGAUACAGGAUGAAAAUAUCACCAAAGUCUCUGAGGAAAUUUCCCAUCUCAGUAACCUGAUCAGUGAGCUGGAGGGGAAGUGUCAGAAGCCAGCAAGUGAAUUCCUGCAGGACAUCAGAAGCACCUUGUCCAGGUGUGAGAAGGUGAAGUUCCAGCAGCCAGAGGAGAUUUCUCCUGAACUGGAAAAGAGACUCAGCGAUUUGUCCCAGAAAACUCUUGCUCUCAUGGAGCCUCUGAGGAAGUUCAAAGGUACCUAGAAGGGAUCUAGAGUGGAAAUUGGGAAAAGCUUUUGUGGCUGUGGGAGGAGAAUGGCUCUUGGCAAUUGGUUCAUAGUUAGAUGAUGCUUCUCUUUAAUUCUUGGGUGAGAAUGUCACACACUUGGGGUCCAAGUCACCCUGAUUGAUUGAUUCAAACCUUUGUUUCUACCAAAAGCCUGCCUUGCCAUUACAGUUACUCUUAAAGUAAGAAAUGACAGACAUACAGAAAGAAGAACUAGCCAAUUAUCUUCUCCUGGGCCAUAGGCAGGUCACAGUGAAUUUCUCCUAUGAAGCUCCGAGAACCCCUUACAAUGUCUGACAUAUUAUACGUGUCCAAAUGAUGUAUGUAUUAGUUCUUUUCCAAUCAUCUUUGAGUGUUAUCAAUAUUAAAUAGCGUAUAUAGCUCAUACAAUACACAUACAUGAACUUCCUAAUUGGCAGGUCUUUGGAUGUCCAAGCUAUGUUCAUGUUGUUGUUCUCUUUUCUGAUUGAAAUAUUAUUAAGAUUCAGAUUUCAGCUCAGAUUUUUUUAGUAAAAAUCACAGAAAGGUCCCGAACAAUAAACAAAACUUCACGGAAGCCUGUGACCUGUCCGUGAUUUUUACUAAAAAUAUCCCUGACAAAAUAGGGAAGAAGGAGGGUCCAGCACCCACAGUGACUGGGGACUCUGGGGUCCCCUACCCCUCCCCACCCCCCACAGCAGUUGGGAGCUCCGAGGCAUCUGCUGCAGCUGGGAACUGCUGAGGGCCCGCUGCCAGCAGCAGCUGAGAGCUGCAAGGCUCCCUGCUGAUCUCCAUGACAUAAUAAUCCUUAUUUCUUACCA